CAAUCAAACGUUCUUGUGCGUCAUUUCCGUUGUCAGGUGGUGCUGUCGCUGUGGAAAGAUGCGAUCAGCGAGAAGCGGAGGCUUUUCCUUAAUUGCUCAUUUCAGUAAUAGAGGCUAAACAACGCGAAACUAAAACCCCCGAAGCUUCUCCCGGUUGAGAGAGAAGCUCCGUACACCCACCACAGAGUUCGCCUGAGAAAUGUUGAUAUUUUAAGAGGACAACGCAGAUCUUAGCCGGCGGUUUUGGCUUUGAGAGCUCCAGUAUGUCCAAACGGCGCUCGUCAGAGAGGGGGGCUGGAGAGACAUCAGGCAGGGCCAGCAAGCUGCAGUGUCCUGGGAUAUCUGGCAGUAACGCCAAGAGAGCCGGCCCCUUCAUCCUCGGACCUCGCCUGGGCAACUCGCCAGUACCGAGUAUAGUCCAGUGUUUGGCCAGGAAAGAUGGCACAGAUGACUUCUAUCAACUUAAAAUCCUGACGCUGGAGGAGCGAGUGGACUCUGCGGGGGAAACCCAGGAGGAGCGGCAGGGGAAGAUGCUGCUGCAUACAGAAUACUCUCUCCUUUCUCUGCUGCACAACCAGGAUGGUGUGGUUCACCAUCAUGGCCUUUUUCAGGAUCGCGCCUAUGAAAUAGUAGAGGACAUGGAAGCCAACAAAGUUCGUAAGAUGAAGAAGCGGAUCUGCCUCGUCCUGGACUGCCUCUGCGCUCACGAUUUCAGUGACAAGACGGCAGAUCUAAUAAACCUCCAGCAUUAUGUCAUAAAGGAGAAGAGACUGAGCGAGCGUGAAGCUAUUGUCAUUUUCUACGAUGUUGUGCGUGUGGUGGAGGCCCUCCAUAAGAAAAACAUUGUGCAUAGAGACCUCAAGCUGGGAAAUAUGGUGCUGAACAAACGGACACACCGCAUUACCAUCACUAACUUCUGCCUGGGAAAGCAUCUGGUGAGUGAGGAUGACCUGCUGAAAGACCAGAGAGGCAGCCCAGCCUACAUUAGUCCUGAUGUAUUAAGUGGUCGCCCAUACCGCGGUAAACCCAGCGACAUGUGGGCCCUCGGCGUUGUCUUGUUCACCAUGCUGUAUGGCCAGUUCCCUUUUUAUGACAGCAUACCUCAAGAACUCUUCCGCAAAAUCAAGGCUGCAGAGUACUCUAUUCCAGAAGACGGUCGUGUGUCUGAGAACACGGUGUGCCUCAUUCGAAAGCUGCUCGUGCUGGACCCUCAGCAGAGGCUGGCUGCAGGAGAAGUGCUAGAGUCACUCAGUGCCAUUAUUGCUUCAUGGCAGUCGGUUUCAUCGAUGAGUGGCCCUCUACAGGUAGUUCCAGAUAUUGACGAUCAGGUCAAUAACCAAGAACAUUUACAGGAGGCCAAGGCAAUUGAAGAGUCUUCGCAGUACGAAUUUGAGAACUACAUGCGCCAGCAGCUGCUGCUGGCUGAAGAGAAGAACACUAUUCAUGAAGCCAAGAGCUUUCUCACCAAGCGGCAGUUUGGCAACAUCCCACCUGUCAGACGUUUGGGUCACGAUGCCCAACCGGUCAGUCCAUUCGACGCUACUGCCCUUGCUCAACGAUUCCUCCGGAAAUAACCCUCAACCAGCCACAUCAACCUCUUGCGCCUCCCUGGGAACUAAAUACACCCAUGGAGACCAGAGAGAACUUGGGAGAAAAAUUCCCAAAACUGAACUGGCACACAGGAAGACCUUCCUGAGCCGGCAAGCAGACAGAUGCAUACUGGGGUUUUAGUAAGCUAAGUGGAGCAGGCGCAUAGUCGGGUACCAGAGCAGAUUCACAUCUCAGAGCUUCACUUUCCCAGUCUGGAUCAUCUCUGGCCUGGACACGGAACUCCCGACUCAAAGGUUCUUUGCUCACUUGUUAGUCACUGUGCAUCAAACUCGUCGGCAUGGUGUGUCGCGGUGCUGAUGAGGUUCUGCCUGCAGUGUUGAAGAAACUAUUAACCCCUGAUUCCUCUUCCUUGCACCUCUACAACUUCCCCAUCCAUUCUGGCUUCCCUGAGCAAUACAGGUCCAGAAUCAUGUAGCAACCCCCCCUCUUUUCACCAUGGUUUGGAAUUUCCUCAAGUCCAGUCACUUGAUCACAGAUGUCAUUCAUGUAUACCUCCAUUCCACCUUCCCUUUCUCUCCUUCUCUCCCUCUCUCUCUCUUUGAUUUUUUUUCCUGCAUUGUUCAAACCAUAACUCUUCAAAUCAAUCUACCUCUCCGUCUCUGUCUGUCUGUUUCUAAACCAUACUCGCAGUUCUGAGGCAAGGGAUUGUAACAACCGAGUCUCAACCCACCAGUGGCAUAAAGCAUUAAUGUUUUCAGUUGGAGUGAAACUGCUUUAAAACCGUUGUAGGCGGUUUCUAAAAAAUCUGAAUAAGCUUUGUAUUAUUUACCUGAAUAAGUAGCAUUUUAUCUCAGUAGUUUCAUUGAAGAAAGAUUUGUAUAUCAAAGCUUACGUUGAAAUUCACACUCUGCAUCGUCUCCUGCUUCUUUCUCAUCCCUGUGGACAUCUUUUUAGCACCUCGGCAGCUAUUGUGAGGUACCUGGGAGUCCCAAUGCCAAGAACUAAAUGAGGCCAAGUUAUAUUGAUGAUGGUAACUCUUCCUCAGUGCUGCCACAAUGACUAUCCGGCACCGUCACGUUUCCGUUGCCAAAAACCCUGUCUUAAAUUUUUUUCUUAGCCAAGGAAACUGGUACUUUCAGACUCAUUUAGAAUUGUUUGACUUCCAGGUAGCUUCCCUAUGUCUUCUUAUCAAAACCAAUCAUGGGAAAAGUUUUUUUUUUUUUUUUUGUCUCUGUGUGAAUGUGAACAGUCAUUUCUUCACUUUGAUGAAUCUGCAGUAUCUGGAAGUGUGCAUGCUGUGUGUGUAGGCUGGGGCCAGACAAACAAGGGUGUAUGAAGCUGAAACUCUCUGACCCUUUAAGCUAUCCUCCACUUAUUGUUGUGUCCUGUUAUCUGGCCUGCCUCUAUGGCAGACACUGUGAAACACAGACCAGGCUCUGCUGAGGUAGGGCUUGACUGAAUGUUUUUUUUUUUUUGUUUGUUUGUUUGUUUUUUUUUUUUUGUUUGUUUGUUUGUUUUUUUGGAGAGGGGGGAAUGACGUGAAUGCUUUAAGAUUGAAAAAGAUCAUAUACAUCUCCUUUCAGACGUAUUAUUACCCCUUUUUCACACAAAAUCUACACACUUUAAUAUAUUUCAUUGGUUUUUAUAUGCUAAGCCAACACAAAGCAGUUCUUCGUUGUGAAGUUAAAGGAUACAUUUUGGGGGGG